GCCGGGCAACGUACCAUAUAUGAUAUGAUGGCAGCUAGGGUAGCAUACAUGCAAAGUUUAAGGUUCAGACCUAUAAUAGGAAGCCACAGACAAGAAUUUUAUUCUUAAUCUCAAUAACCAGGGCAGACAACAAGACACACUAACAACUCCAAGAGAGUUACGUUAUUGAGAUUCAAUCACGUUGGUCGAGGAGAAAGACAGACAGACCAAAACAUACAUACAAAAAAAUGGCUUCAUUCACCGGAACCUUGGACAAAUGCAAGGCUUGUGACAAGACUGUUUACUUUGUCGAUUUGCUCUCUGCUGAUGGAUCUACCUUCCAUAAAUCUUGCUUCAAAUGCAGCCACUGCAAAGGCACCCUUGUGAUGAGCAACUACUCUUCCAUGGAUGGAGUCCUCUACUGCAAGACUCACUUUGAACAGCUCUUCAAGGAGUCUGGGAAUUUCAGCAAGAACUUUCAGACUACAAAGCCUGAGAGAGAGAAUUCAAUGACAAAGGGGCCAACCAAAGUGUCUGCCAUGUUCUCUGGAACUCAAGACAAAUGUGCUACAUGCACCAAAACUGUGUAUCCUCUGGAGAAGGUGACCAUGGAAGGGGAGGCGUUCCACAGGUCAUGCUUCAAGUGUGCUCAUGGAGGGUGUCCUCUCACACAUGCAACCUACGCAUCACUGGAUGGAGUCCUCUACUGCAAGCACCAUUUCGCGCAGCUGUUCAUGGAGAAGGGAAAUUACCAGCAUGUCCUUAAGGCUGCUCACAGGAGGAGUGCUUCUGCUUCUGCUGUCUCUGUUGAUACUCCCGCCGCCCUGGCUUUGGACCUCGCAGCUGACGACGACAAUGACGAACCCGCAGUUGAGAAAAUACAGCCAGACUCUGCCUAAUUAAUAUCAUAUCAUAUCAUAUAUGUUUUCUCAUAUAUAUAUGAUGGAACCAACAUAUUUGUUUC